AUGUCCUCCCCUCCGCCCUUCACAUCGAUCUUCGGUGGCCCCGCCGAGUCCGCGGAGGAGAUCGAUGCUGAUGCCGACAAUAGCCAGCUGAAGCCCCACAAUCGCAGCAACGUAACAGCAACUUCGGCCAAGCUCGUGGGCAAAAGUGUCGCCCCUUUCCUCGCAAAGCACGUUCCCGACCAAUACGCCCCCCUCGGAUCGCAAAAUAGAGAACCUGCCGCCUUGAGCAGCGCAAAUUCCCGCUAUUGCUACCGACAUCGCCCAGACCGUAAGUGCCGCCGGCAGGCCGACGAACCGACAAUGGACAAAUUGCAACGGGAGUUGGAGUCGCUCCCUCAGAGUGAUCAGCAGGGCAUUGCGCAUGUUUGGUCGCUCUUCUCAGCCGCCCCAGCCAAGCACCGAAAACUCAUACUCCAGGGAAUUAUGGCUCAAUGCUGCUUCCCGCAACUCUCGUUCAUUUCCACCACCGUCCGUGACCUCAUCCGAAUCGAUUUCAUUGCCGCUCUUCCUCCGGAGAUCUCUUUCAAAAUCCUGUGUUACCUGGACACCACUUCUCUUUGCAAAGCUGCACAAGUCUCGCGACGUUGGAGGGCACUGGCCGACGACGACGUGGUCUGGCAUCGCAUGUGCGAGCAACAUAUUCAUCGCAAGUGCAAGAAAUGUGGCUGGGGACUUCCCCUUUUGGAUCGGAAGAGGCUCCGUGAAUCGAAGCGCGAGAUUGAGAUUCGCGCUACGACCUGGGACGUCAACGGCACGUCUCCGAAAGCGACUCCUGCGCUCCCUGAAGAUGCUUCGCCUGUCGCCGACAGCUCUGGUACCGGUAAACGAAAGCCUGAGCCAAGCGAGGAAGAGACUGCGGUCGUCAAACGCCACUGUCAGUCACUAGCGAUGCGCCCAGAAGGAAGCGAAGAUUAUUUCAAAACCCGAUACAGGCCUUGGAAGGAGGUGUACAAGGAUCGUUUCAAAGUGGGCACAAACUGGAAGUACGGACGCUGUUCGAUCAGAAUCUUCAAAGGCCAUACGAAUGGCGUGAUGUGCUUGCAAUUCGAGGACAACAUCCUGGCAACCGGAUCUUACGACGCGACGAUUAAGAUUUGGGAUACCGACACUGGCCAGGAAAUUCGUACUCUUCGGGGACACGAGUCGGGUAUCCGCUGCCUGCAGUUUGAUGACACGAAGUUGAUCAGUGGUAGUAUGGAUGGCAGCGUGAAAGUCUGGAACUGGCGCACUGGCGAUUGCAUUUCCACGUAUACUGGUCAUCGUGGCGGAGUAAUCGGGCUGCACUUCGAUGCUACUAUUCUCGCGUCCGCAUCUGUUGAUAAGACCGUGAAGAUCUGGAAUUUCGAGGACAAAUCAACUUGCCUCUUACGAGGACACACGGACUGGGUCAACGCGGUCCGGGUCGAUACGGCUUCUCGCACGGUGUUCUCGGCGUCCGACGACUGCACCGUUCGGCUUUGGGAUUUGGAUACCAAGUCUUGCAUUCGGACAUUCCAUGGCCAUGUGGGACAGGUUCAACAAGUGGUUCCUCUUCCCCGGGAAUUUGAAUUUGAAGAGCAUGAUGUUGAGUGUGAGAACGACAACCUCAGCACUGUCUCCGGCGACACCGAGCCGGCAUCUCUUCAGGCCACGCUUGGCCUCGAGUCGAAUGCGGUUAUUUCUCAGAGUUCACCGUUUGGUCCUUCUUUUGAGUCAGGCCGGACAGCACCACCGCGCUACAUUGUUACUAGCGCCUUGGACUCGACCAUCCGUUUAUGGGAGACUAGCACUGGCCGGUGCUUGCGUACGUUCUUUGGCCAUCUGGAGGGUGUCUGGGCCCUGGCAGCGGAUACACUGCGUAUUGUUUCUGGGGCCGAGGACCGGAUGAUCAAGAUCUGGGAUCCGCGAACCGGCAAGUGUGAGCGCACGUUCACCGGCCACUCCGGCCCUGUCACCUGCAUCGGACUUGGCGACAGUCGGUUUGCUACUGGUAGUGAGGACUGCGAAGUGCGCAUGUACAGCUUUCAGAGCUGA